GCAGUUCAUCCUCAAUCUUCAGUUCUUCAAAGCACCUUACCAAAAAGGAACCAUGGCUGCCAAAACCACAUCAUGCCUUACUUUCCUAAAGGAAGCGCUGAUCCUCCCCACGUUAAACCCCAAGCUCUUCACGCCCUUGCUCCUCCUCUUUGCCGCCGCCGCCUUCCUUGACCACAUAGUCAAUUUCCUGUUCGUCCAGCCUCUCGCCGACGUCGUGGCCAGCCAUGCCACCGAGCUCAACAACACCGACUUCUCGAGCGCCAAAUACGCCAAGCUCAUGGAGAUGGAGGGGCCAAAGCAAGACGGUAUGAGGCUCAUACUCAUCGGCGUCUCCGAGGUGAUCGUCGCCCUGGCCGUCGGCUUCGUCAAGAGGACCCUCUUCCUCUUCGCGGCCUCCACGACCUACUCCGGCGACCGCUACUCGCUAGCCGAGCUCCUGCGCGAGCUCGUCAAGGGGAGGAUCAGCCUGAAGGGCGCUUCCAUCACCAUCGCCGUCGUCGACGCGCUUGACUUCGCGUCGGCGGUCCUGGCCGCGCUGAUUCCCGCUCCCGACCUGAUGGGCGGGCUCUCAGGGGUGCUCUCCGUCCAGGGCCUCGUCUACCUCAUCGCGCUCCUCACCUCCCUCUACUUCACCGCCGUGGCGUUGGUGGGCGUCGCCGCGUCGGUGGUCGACAGGAGGUGCCGCGGCGUGGGGGCGCUCCGGCAGGCGUGGCGUCUCGUGACGCUGGUGAGGAGAAAGGAGGGUCUCCUCUUGGUGCUCGUGGCGCACUUCGUGCCGACCGUCGUGGCUCCGCUGUACCGGGUUGCUCUUGUGUAUGCGAAGAGGAGCAUGGCGGUGUCCUUGUGCUUGCUGGCUGUGCAUGCUUUUCUGUCAUGUGCGCUGCAGCUCCUCUCUCUGAUGGCAGCAACGGUUUACUACUACCAAGCCAUGCAGAGCAAGGAGGUGAUCGAUGCCUUGCGGUUAUGCUAAGAGCACACAUUCCUUUCGGGGAAGGAAAUGUCUCCUUCAUCCAAAAGUGAUUAUAAUGCCAUAGAGGGAUGCUUUGAUUUCUUCGUGCGACAAUGUAUACAAGUCGUUGUUAAAAAAUUGUACACAAGUC